UGAGCAGCUCCAAUGAUGGCUGUGUCUCUCCCGGCUCCGUCCCCUCCCCAUGCAGCCUGAGUGCUCGGCAGAGACCGGUUGCUGCUGCUGCAGAGCCUGGGACUCUCUGCACUGAUCCAGCGUCCGAGCCCCACAGCCCAGAUGAAAUGUAAUCAACCAGGGCAAUAAAGUGAAGCUCAUCCAAGAUGGUUUAUGGCGAGUUCUUUCACAGAACUAAGAAUGAGGAAGAACUGGUUAAGUUAAAUGUUGGUGGCUUCAAGCAGUCAGUGGAUCAGAAAACCCUACUCAGAUUCCCUCAUACCAGGCUGGGAAAACUGCUCAACUGCCGCUCGGAAGAAGCCAUACUUGAACUGUGCGAUGACUACAAUGUGGCGGAUAAGGAAUAUUACUUUGACCGAAAUCCUUCCCUAUUUAGAUACAUUCUGAAUUUUUACUACACUGGCAAAUUGCAUGUCAUGGAGGAGCUGUGUGUCUUUUCUUUUUCCCAAGAGAUAGAAUAUUGGGGAAUCAAUGAACUGUUCAUCGACUCCUGCUGCAGCAAUAAGUACCAGGAAAAAAAGGAAAUUAUAGCCGAAAAAGACUGGGAUCAGAAAAGUGACAUCAUUAGCCUGGGCUCCUCUUCUUCUGACCAAUCGUCGGUGUUCGAAAGAGAACUGGAGAUGUUCGAUACGUUAAAAUUCGGCGACAUUCGCAGAAAAAUAUGGAUCCGACUGGAAAAUCCCGCCUAUAGCUUGUCUGCCAAACUUUUCGCCAUCGCCUCCUUAAGUGUGGUCUUAACCUCCAUCGUAGCCAUGUGCAUUCACAGCAUGCCGGAGUUCAAGAAACUAGACGCCAAUGACAGGGAGCUCGAAGAUCCCGUCCUAGCGGUGGUGGAGAUUGUGUGCAUCAUCUGGUUCACUUCAGAGUUAGUCAUCAGGCUUAUUGUAGCUCCUUCCCAGAAAAAAUUCUGGAAGAACCCCAUGAACAUCAUCGAUUUUGUCUCCAUUAUCCCAUUUUAUGCCACUUUGGUCGUAGACGUAAACGAUGAGGAAAACGAAGGCAUAGAAAACAUGGGCAAAGUGGUCCAGAUUCUCAGACUGAUGCGAAUAUUUAGGAUCUUAAAGCUCGCAAGACAUUCAGUUGGGUUACGAUCCUUAGGGGCCACUCUGAAGCACAGUUAUCACGAGGUGGGGCUUUUACUUUUAUUUUUGGCUGUGGGGAUCUCCAUUUUUUCUGUUCUGGUUUAUUAUGUAGAAAAAGACGAAGACCAAUCAGGGCUGCACAGUAUCCCUAUGUGCUGGUGGUGGGCAACUAUUAGCAUGACCACGGUUGGCUAUGGGGAUACCCACCCAGUUACGCUGUUUGGAAAGCUUGUUGGCACUGUUUGCAUCAUCUGUGGCAUAUUAGUGGUUGCGCUUCCGAUAACUAUCAUUUUUAACAAAUUUUCUAAGUACUACCAAAAGCAAAAAGCCAUAGACGUGGAUGGGUGCAAUGACGACGAACAAAAGGAUAAGUUCAAUGACUUACCGUAUUUCAAUAUAAGAGAUAUAUAUGCAAGACGGAUGAACUCCUUUAUCUCGAGUCUCUCUUCCGUAGGGAUUAUUGCAAGCGGCAAUGACUCGACCGAUGCUUCCAGCAUCCAAGAAAUUGAGGAUGCUUUCCCGCCAACGUUGAAAUGAGAUUGUGAUAGAUUCCUUUAUUCUGAUUUUCUCAUUUUUCUUAUAUUGCUACCUCCAUGUCCUGUACCCUUCUCCUUGUUUUCUGUAGCUCCCCGAAGUUGUUUUAUGUUUCACUGUAUCAGGGCCAGCCUUAGGGUGAAUAGUGCACUGUACAAAAUAGAAAAUGUGCAAAACUUGCCCAAGGGCUCAUUUAUGAAUGCAAGUCAGGGUGCAAAAAGCUCAAAUGGACCUAAAACUGAAUGCAUCAACACUAUGGGGCAGAUUUACUAAAACUCGAAUUUAUCUAAUUUUAUUAUUUUUGAAAUUACAGG